AGGAGGGAAAGGUGUACUCAGAAUAUCCAAGACAAAGAUCUCAUUCCUGGAUUUUUGAAGAAAAAGGAACUAAGUGAACCAGUUGCCAGGACGACUUGUGUUGUGGAGAAGGGUUGGGACGAGGAAAUGGGUGACCUAUGGGUACUUCUGUUUUUGUCUCUGUCUCUGGCAGCCUUUCGUGGGGUCAAAGGCUGUUUGGAAUGUGAUCCCAAGUUCAUAGAGGAUAUUAGUACCUUGUUGGGAAAUCUGGUACCUGUAGAAGUUCCUGGGAGAACUCAACUGCUUGACAGGCAGCAUAAGGAGAUAACCCACUUAAGCUCCAAGGUCUCCCACAAGGAUAAGACGCUUCGGUUGUUGGCCGUUCGAAAUGUUGUCAAAUUGAGAGAAUGGCUGAAGCAAGAAUUUUAUAGACUGGGCAAUGAAACAUGGAAAGGUGUCUUUAUCAUUCAAGGCAAGCUUCUUGAGGUCCGCCAAAACCUGGAAUCCCAACUGAAAGAAACACUAGAGAACUUCUCCGAAGUUGCUUGUUCAGAAGAUUGCGUUGUAACUGAAGGUCCUGUCCUUGACUGUUGGACCUGUCUUCGCAUGACUAUCCGGUGUUUCAGAGGAGACUAUUGUAAAGAUGAGAAUCCAAGGAAGGCUGAAAAUCGAGAGAUUGCUCUGUAUCUGAUAUUGAUAGCAGAAGCUGUACUAUUGACAAGUGCUGUGUUACUAUUCCAUUUUUGUAUCUCACAUCAGAGGAGAAUGAAGGUAGUCCGAAGGACGCUGAAGACAUAUUUGGAGAAUAAAAUUGAAGACUUAUUGGGGAUGGUAGAUACAGAUGGUGACAAAAACGAUUUGGAGACCCAGACUUCAAAUUCACAGACAGGAGAGCCAUUAAGUGCUGAAUCAGAGUUGCAAUGUGGAACUUGAGUUCCCGCGUGGUCAUAAAAUCACAGCAUCUUAAAACGGGAAUAGAACUUAGGGUUUCUCCAGUAAAUACCCUUACUGACAUCCUGAGGAAACAGAUGACAUGAGAGGGCAAAUGAUGUACCCUGAGUUGGACAGAAAGUAAACUAGUAUGUUGCAAUACACACAAGAACAAUAUGCCGUGUGAUAAUAAAAGUGCAUUGUUAGUCA